AUGAAGAAGGGGGAAAGUGCUCAGCUUCAACGAGUAAUAGGAUAUUUCCAUGGAACAAUUUUUUUAUUCAGCAUCAUAAUAGGAGCUGGGAUAUUUAUUGCUCCUAAAGGGGUGCUAAAAUUUACUUCACUUAAUGUGGGGAUCUCUCUAAUUAUUUGGGCUGCCUGUGCCAUUGUGUCCAUGAUAGCUGCUCUAAGUUAUGCAGAGCUGGGCACAACCUUCCCUCGAAGUGGUGCACAGUAUUAUUUCCUUAAAAGAUCUCUUGGAUCCAUCAUUGGUUUCUUCUAUCUCUGGAUUAGUCUAUUUAGUACCCCCGCAAGCCUGGCUGCACGGGGCUUGUUGCUAGCAGGGUAUAUUUUACAGCCAUUCUUUUCUGGUUGCUUGGUUCCUGAGAUGCCAAAGAAAUGUUUAGCGUUGGCCAUUUUAUGGUGUUUGGGAAUUCUGAAUGCUCGAGGAGUGAAAGAGGUGGCCUGGUUUCAGACUGUCACUACACUAGUAAAAAUGACAGUUCUCUGCUUUGUAUCUGUAACUGGAGUUGUGCUGUUAGUAAGAGGAAGAAAAGAAAACUUAGCUAGGUUUGAGAAUGCUUUUGAUGCUGACGUUCCAGAUGCUUCGCAGAUCGCAGAAGCCUUCCUCCAAGGAUUAUAUGCAUAUUCAGGCUGGGGGAUUCUUGUUGGAAUAGCAGGAGAACUUAAAAACCCUAGUGUAAAUAUUUCCAGAUGUGUGAUGACCGCACUGACACUUGUGGCAGUGAUCUACUUGUUGGUUAACAUUUCCUACCUAACAGUCUUGACUCCAAAGGAAAUCAUGUCUUCAGAUGCUGUUGCAGUCACGUGGAUGAACAGAAUAAUUCCUUCCAUGCAAUGGGUCAUUUCUCUUGGUGUUUCUUCCUCCAUCUUUAGCUCCCUUAAUUGUACUCUGUUCUCCUCAGCACGAGUGUUAUAUGUUGCGAGCCAAGAGCGUCAGCUCCCGUUCAUUCUCUCAACUCUCAAUAUCUAUUCCUGCCCAGUUGUGGCUGUGAUUCUCAGGCUCAUCUUUGCCUCCAUCCUAGUGAUUCCCUCAGAUUUAAUUCUCUUAAUAAACUAUAUAGGAUUCACCAACUGGAUUGAACUAGGACUAAUGAUGAUAGGUUUACUUAAACUAAGAUACCAGGAGCCCAACCUGCCCAGGCCUUACAAGGUGCGUCUGCCUCUUGUGUUUGGAACCUUAGCCAUGUCCUUGUUCUUAGUAUUGACUCCAAUAAUCAAGUCUGCCACUAUGAGCCAUAUUUAUGUUCUUCUUUUCAUCCUCAGCGGACUUGUGUUUUAUUUGCCAUUUGGUCACUUUAAUUUGGACUGUACAUAUUUUAACAACAUCACUUGUUUUUUACAAUUACUAUUGAAUGUUGCACCUGCUGAUGAUAUUAAUGACUAUAUUUCAACAGAAGGAACAUUAAAGGAAAAGUCUCUGAAAUCAUAA